AUGGCUCCAAUUCGCACUGCCUUCAUCGGCCUCUCUUCCACAGCAAAGACUUCCUGGGCCGUUGAAGGUCACUUGCCCUACCUCCUAUCAUCACGAGGCAGAUCUCACUAUGAGAUCGUUGCCCUGCUCGACUCCAUUGUCACCGCAGCAGAAGCUGCCAGAGCUGAGUUUGACCUACCCCAAAUCGUGAAGGUAUUUGAUGAUCCCAGGGAACUGGUUGCAGACCCCCAUAUCAACUUUGUGGUCUGCAACACCCGGGUCGAUGCCGGCAAAGCUGUCUAUGAGAUUCCGAACAGCAUCAUCGGUCUCCAGAGUCGCGUCUUUUCCAUUGUACUCAAGCUCAAAGAAGUCUUAGACUCGGGCCGCAUCGGCCACGUUCUGAGUAGCGAUAUACAAGCCUUGGGGACCUGGCUUCCCACCGACUCCCUACCCGAAGGUGUGGUUUACUUUGCCGAGAGAAAUAUCGGCGGCAAUCCCAUCAAUAUCGCCUAUUCACACAUGAUCAACUACGUCCAUGAUGUGCUGGAUGAGUUUGAUUCGUUCGAGGGCCGGAUGCAGAUUCAGCGUCCUGUUCUCAAGAUCACCGACAAGGAUGAGAAGAUGAAGCACACUGUCAAGUCUGACAUCUGGACAGCCUUUCAAGAACACGCCUGCUUUUUGUGGACCAUCAAUGGGGAAAAUGGAGAGAUCGUGAUCACGAGUCCAGCGGGCUCCUAUCUCCAUUCUGAUUCUUACGGGGAGCCCAUCGCGGGGUGGCAAAAAGAGUUGCUAGUCCUCGGAAGGAGGGUGGCGGCGAUUUAUGAGAGAUUUGCAGCCUGGUGA